UCGCAGCCUGCAGGUGGUCACUCACCUGCCCUGCCCUCUGCCCACGGUUUCUUGGCUAACUUAGGCUGACCUGUGUGCCGCCCCCGGGAUACCCUUCCAACCUGCAGCGCCCUUGCCCGCCUGGUGAACGCUAAGGCUUGGAAGUGCCAGAGUCCCUGCUCGCGUGCCCCGGGUUAUGACGACCCCGAGUAAAGGAAACAAGGCCUUGAAGGUGAAGCGGGAGCCGGGAGAGAAUGGCACCAGCCUGACGGACGAGGAGCUGGUGACCAUGUCAGUGCGGGAGUUGAACCAGCACCUGCGGGGCCUGUCCAAGGAGGAGAUCAUCCAGCUGAAGCAGCGCCGGCGCACACUCAAGAACCGUGGCUAUGCGGCCAGUUGCCGGGUGAAGCGGGUAACCCAGAAGGAGGAGCUGGAGAAGCAGAAGGCAGAGCUGCAGCAGGAGGUGGAGAAGCUGGCCUCCGAGAAUGCCAGCAUGAAGCUGGAGCUCGAUGCCUUGCGCUCCAAGUACGAGGCCCUGCAGAACUUCGCCAGGACUGUGGCCCGCAGCCCUGUGGCUCCUGCUCGGGGUCCCCUUGCCGCUGGCUUGGGACCCCUGGUCCCCGGCAAGGUGGCUGCCACCAGCGUCAUCACAAUAGUAAAGUCCAAGACGGAUGCUCGGUCAUAGGGACUCGUGCAAUUGCCAGGCGGGUCUUCGAGGGGCCACUAAGUGCAUGGCAAAGUUGGCAGCCCUGCCCCUCUUCCUCUCCUCCUUUCCUGGUCUUCUCUUCCUUUCCCUCUUUCCCCUCGUCCCUUCCCUGCAAAGCACAACCUUCUCCCCAGGGGCGCCGGGCUGAGCCCCUUUGAUCUCGUCCUUGUCAUCGUGUGUUCUGUACAUUGGGAUCGGUCAGUUCGAUGGUGAUGUUGGGUUGCCCCUCACCCCUUUGUACCAAGGCAUGUGGCUAGGAGUCCAGAGUGGGCACUGUGGGAAUGGACAAGAGCAAGUGGGCAGCUGCCCCUGGGCCCCAGGUCAGCCUCUUCCUGAGUGGCCCACAGGCGCUACUGGCUGCCAGCUUGGAAUAGAACUCAAGGGCUAGAGCUCUCCUUAGACCCAGGUGGGCAGCCCACCUUGGCCCAGCAGGAAGAUGGGAGCUCUGCUCUGAGGAGCGGGGUUUCUUGAGGGCCCUGGAUGGGUGGACCACCAGCCAGGGCCCUGCAGGUGCUGGGCCAGAGCCACGGUGCUCGAGCCUGAUGUGGUGCACUGAACAAGGCCAGAUCGCUGGUGGUGACCGAGCGUGGAGGGCGUGUCAGUGUCCUGCGGUGGUUCCGUGUCACUGUUUACAUGACCUAUUUGUGUGGUUAUAUAGCCCUUUAUUUAAGAGAGAAAUUCCUUUUAUGAAGUUAUUAAAUUAUAUGUUUAAGAGCUAAAGAGAAAAAAAAAGAGCUGCAGAGUAUUUAUAAAACUGUCUUUAAAAAAAACCAAGUAAGAACGUUUGACUGUAAAAAUGAAAAAGGGAAGAAAGUAUAAGAGAAACUUUUACUAGUUUAAAAAAAGACACAAAAGUUCCUUUCUUGUAAACUUACAGACAACUGUUUGUGGCUGUUGUUGGAGUUUAGUUUUUAUAUACACAGAGUUAUCAGACAUUAUUUAUAAAACUUAGUUUAAAAAAAAAAAAGGAAAAAAAAAAGCCAAGCCGCGAGAGGCUGUCCUCUUUGAUAUCUCUUUUGCAAUUGUACCAAAAGUGACUUACUCCUGGCCCUUUCUGCUUCCGUCUCUUGCCGGUGCCGUGUGUCGUCCGUGCCUGGUGAGGUUUUGUGCAGCCGUAAAGUGCUGGUGCUUCUGGUGACCUUUGACCUGUGGCUGUCCCUUCGUGUGUAUUUCUGUGUGUGUUUUCUUUGGACUCGGUGGUGAUCUUGCUUCUGCUGGCUUGCUGGCCGGGGCUGAGCCAGGGUCCCCGUGGCACCGACUUGGUGGGAGCACUUGGGUCUGGCCCGCCAGCCCAGCCUCUUUGAGCUUCUGUGUGCUCCUCUGCCGUUCCCGUUCCCUGAGCCUGGGCUUCCCUGUGAGUCUGGGGCCUGGGCUGAUCCCAAG